CUAUGAGUACAUGAGAGCAGAUGAGGGGGGGAGGAGACCCAAGUGCGCGCUGCACUGCAGACGCUCACAGUUGACUCUGCGCUCCGGACACGCUGGACCGGUCUGAGGAAUCGAACUGAACAGCUAUUGGAACUGAAUGUGGACCUUCUACAGUUCUCUCCACAUUCUGACACUCUUACAAGUGCUGUGGUUGUCUACAGAUGUUCAAGAGCAAUGAAGCAACUUGUGGGUUUCAUUAACGCUUCCGAACCAAAUCCAAACGUCAUCCCCCGUGCCCGCGCAGCCGGAGCCCCAUCCGCGUGCACGAUGAGCACGUGCGGCCAGCGCAGUUGGCUUCUGUUGUUGUUGUUGUUGUUGUCGGCGGCCGCCGUGCUGCCGACGAGCGGCGACUGCCCCAAAUCCUGCGUCUGUAACGGUCCCUCUGAGGUGCACUGCACCUUCAGAUACCUGAGCGCCAUUCCUGACCACAUCCGGCCAGCUGUGGAACGAGUUAACCUGGGGUACAACAGCAUAACUGCCUUGAGAGAAAAUGAUCUUUCAGGACUGGAGAACUUGGAGCUGUUGAUGCUGCAUAGCAACACCAUCCACACUAUUGACGACAACGCCUUCCAAGACCUCAAGUCCUUACAGGUCCUGAAGUUGUCCUUUAAUAAAGUAAAGGAAAUUAAGAAAGAUACAUUCAAAGGCCUGCACAGUCUGCUCAGACUGCACAUAGACCAUAACCACAUUGAGUUCAUCAGCCCGGAGGCUUUCUACGGCCUGACCCAACUACAGCUGGUCCACCUAGAGGGUAACCACCUCCAGCAGCUCCACCCAGACACAUUCAUCACACUGAGACACAGCCAGGUGUUCAAGGUGUCCUCCGUGAGAACCAUCCAUCUGUCGGAAAACCUUCUGACUGCUCUGCCCGAAGAUAUCUUCUCAGGCUGCAGCCAGUUGGAGAACCUCUUCCUCCAUAGCAACCCAUGGACGUGUGAUUGUCGUAUGGAGUGGUUCUCUGUGUGGGCACAGAGGAACACAGGUGUGCUGAAAUGCAAGCGAGACCGGAGAUAUCCGAGAGGCCAGCUGUGUCCUGUUUGUGAAAAUCCUGCCCCUUACCACAAGAAACCUCUAUUCCUUCUCACCUCUGAUGCCUUCACUUGUAUCAAACCCCAGAUCCAUCCUUAUCUAAAGCAGAGAAACAUCACCUUGGAUGAGGGGGACUUUACUCCAGUUUCACCCAAGGACUUCAUGGCCCCACUGGGAUCCAUACAAAUGAACCUGACUGACCAUUUUCACAAUGAUGCUAGUCUAUCCUGCACUGUCCACAGGCCCACUACUUUUGAAAACCAAACACAAACACUGGAGGAGGAGGCGGGAAACAAUGUCACUGUGCUUACCGCUGACAUCAAGACAUAUUUGGUGUGUAACAUUGAAUAUGAGCACAUUCAGCAGCUGUGGCAGAUACUGGCCACUUACAGUGACUCUCCCAUGACACUUGAGAGAGGCUUAAUGCUGGCUAGAAGCCCAGAAAUGGUGUACAGGUAUAGACAAAAGAAACGAAAAGAGGGUGAGGAAGGAAUUCACACAAACAUUCAGGCUGAGAUUAAAUCCUCCCCUGAAUGGUUGAUGCAGGGAGAAGUGAGCUUCCAGCUUGACCGCACUACUACCACGUUCUCUACUCUGCACAUUAAGUACCAGUCUGCAGUCAACCUACGUGUGGAAAAUACAUCUCCUAAGAGGGGCCGCUAUUCCUGGACCAUGAUCAAGCGAGAUAAUCAAACAAAGACUGAGCACACCGUACUUACAGGUGGUGUGCUGCAAUUGGACUGUCAAAUCCAGGGUGAGCCAAAACCUUUGUUGGAGUGGAUCUUACCAGAUGGAAGUAAGGUUAGAGCUCCCUACUCAAGUGAGGACAGGAGGCUAAUAAUCACUACUGAAGGGAAGCUCACUUUACGGGGUGCAGAUGCUUCAGAAACUGGUCUCUACAGGUGCAUCGCCACAAACUACCUGGACGCUGAUAUCCUUGCCUUUCGGGUGUCAGUCCUGUCACCUGAUGUGGAAGAAGCUAUGGUCAACGGCGUCCAACUCUCUCAGCCGCUGGGGGGAAAUCUGUUUUUUGACUGUAGCUCCACUGGAAGUCCUGAGGCUUCAACGCAGUGGGUACUCCCCGACCACUCAGUACUGGACAAGUCUCAAGGGAACAGGAAAGUGUUUGAGAAUGGAACCUUGCUGAUUCAUGGCCUCACAGCAAGGGACAGGGGAUUUUAUAUGUGUUUGGUCUCUAAUUACCUCGGAGUUGACCUGCUUGUGUCUCAAGUGACAGUGACUGGAGAAACAUCAAAGGGGACAGUUUUGGACAGUGAGGGAUCAGGGGUAGAAAUGGAGGAUACGUUUGAUCCCAGCUUGAAGGAAAGCACAAUGACCCUCAAUGAGAUCCACUCUUCCACUCCCUCUGACAGAACUAGUCAGGAAUCUAAGACCCUUACCUCAGAUCGACCAUACCCUAGACUCAGGUCACGGGGUAGAGAAGGUGUUGGAGGUAGACCUGGACAGAGAAGUCGGGGGCUAAUCACCAAAAGACGCAUGUGGAAUAGUAGGGUGUUUGAUAAAGCUUCCAGAAAAGUAGACCCAGUGCAGUUUGCUGAAUUUAUUAAAAAAGUUGGAUCAAGAAUAAACCCUAACAAAGUGGAAGAGGGGGUAAAAUAUGAAGACUCAAACACUGGUCAUUCUGGUGAUAGUGAAAUGGGCUCUGGUGAAGAUACUCAAGAAGAUCCUCACAACGUUUUGCCCAUUAUAGUUGGACCAACAAUAAACAAUCCACAAAAAGGUAGACUACAUGGGCAAGAGAACAGCCAGACAGAAACUACCACACAGAUAGAUCAUGGUACUAACAUAGAAGCGAUGGGGGCACAUCAAACUGUUGGCUUGGAAACCACAAUCAGUAAUAAUUUAAAAUUAAGUCAUGUCACAGAAAACACAAAUAGACCUACAGCAGAGUCAUAUAUGGAGUCAGAUUAUACACCCGUCAAGCCCACAUUCACACAUCAUCCAACAGAAAAGAAGGACAGUCAACGUGAUGCAGUAACAGCUUACCAUACCAUUUCACGCAAUACAGGCCUCUCUAGUUUUGAUGAGACAAGUGAUUUGUAUGCCCUGGAAAGAACUACCAAGCCGGGCUCAAACAGACGCCCAGACACUCUACAACUUACUUUGUCAGACACAUUACAAGAAACUCAGCUCCAAUUUUCAGGAGAACAACCUGGAGAGCCAGAGACGUCCACUGGGGUGGCACUAUCAUUUCAAACAGACCCAUAUGUCACUCCAAUGAGUGAUAGCGCAAGCCCAGGGGCACUGGUUAUUCACACAUCCACUGACCCAGAAAGCCAGACGACAUUCACCGCCUUCACCACUACAGAGAGGCAACACAAUGAAAUAACCUUCCACACUACCCAAACAAUCAAAUCCCCACGUCUACCUGCAGGAUCGACCAUCAUCACCCAGCAGCAGAUCCAUAUUAUACCGCAAAAGAACAGCAAAGGAGCGGGGCGCAGAAGAACCUUCCAAGGCCGCAGGAGAAUCAUUAAACCCAACAGGAUUAGUGACAUACAGUCUAUCAUCGCUAAACUUAAAAAUCCCUCGUCGAAAAAGGAAGGGAAUGCUACGGUGCCUUAUAGAAUUGAACUGACCACAGACUGUGACUGGAAUAAAGACAAAAAGAAGAAAGCUACCAAUGAUCUGCAGCUAACAACACCAACAGUUUCCUCAAGUUCAACUUUACACAUAACAGAGAGACUUGUCCCAACGCAAAAAACUGCAACUUCUACCACAACGCAUUAUAUCACUUCGAAUGACCCCUUCACCCAUACCGAGUCAUGGCAAGAGGCUUCCAGUGGCUACAUAACCUCUGCUGAUGCACCUGAGUUUGACCCUACAAUUGAUCCACCUUUGACAAGAAAUAAAGAACCAUCAACCACCACACCCACGGCUACAACUGUCUCUAUGGUUAUUAAUGGGAGAAUUCCAUGGAACAGGCCGGUUGGUGGUAGAGAGAGAGAAAAUACACUUGGCAGGUUUACCCAAAAAACCUCAACUACAGCUGAGACAACAACAAUGACCCUAACUUCCACCACGGCAGCCAUGCCCCCCACCACAGCAAACUCACUUCCUGAGCCUGAGACUCUGUCUCCAUCCAGACCCAGAGGGAACAAAGAGGGUUCAUUAGAUGAUGACUAUGGAUAUUUCCUCUCUGCAGAUUUUGAGUUCACAACAUUGCCACCCAGCUUUCCCCAUUUAAGUACAACUAGCCCAUCCUUCUACUCCAAGCCUGCUAUAACACAACCAAAUUCACAAACUCUACCUUCCCCAACUACUGUCAAACCACCCUCAACUGAAAAUCCAGAUGCAGUAUUGCCAUCUGGGUCUGGAGGACUACCUGAUUAUUGGUUUGUAACCAGACAGAGGCCUGAUGGGUCGAGAGGACGUCAAGGACAGAGAAGGAGGCCCUUCAGGGGCAGAAAGCCCUUCAAAAAACCUGGAAUUACUAAAUCACGCCCUUCUACCACAACUGAGGUUUCUACCACAGCUAUGGAAACUACAAUGAUGUCUACCACACUAUCACAAAGGACUGUUUCAGUCUACCAGCCCCUUUACACACCAUCCAGGCAAGAACACAGGACUCCUGUUGUUGUUACCUCAAAGGAGUACGCUGACCUAUAUGAGGAAUUUGACUGGAGCACAUCUGGUGAAUUACAGGCCUAUACCACAACCAGGAUACCUUUGAUCUCAUCAACCACACACAACCCAACCACCUCAUUCAUACCAAUCACUACAAAGAGGCCUUACACAACAGCUCGGACCAAAGUCCACAGCAACGUCAGACCACCAACACAGAGGAACAGCGAUCACACCACUGGUGGGCCAAUUGAUACUGUGAACAUUGUCACAGCUGUGCAGGGACACAACAACAUAGGCACACGCAAUGCUAUCUCUAGCGUCUAUAUUCAUGUGGCUGGCAAUGAAGCUACAACUGCCAAUAUUGCUGGCUUUGAACCCACUACAAAGGUCGAAACAAGUAGACCAAAGAUACUUGGGGGCAACGCCGCCAGCUUCACUGUGUUAUCCAAUUCAGAUGCUUUCCUGCCGUGUGAAGCUGUUGGAAACCCCCAGCCAGCCAUAACCUGGAAGCGCUUCCCCUCAACCACAGGUGCCGCUGUUACCGUUAAGGGAAGGUUGGGGAAGUUUGAGGUGAUGACCAAUGGUACGCUGUUUAUCCAGAAUGCCAACAUUAAGGACCGUGGGCAAUACCUCUGUCUGGCUGAGAAUGAUCAUGGAUCAGAUAAACUUAUUGUCACCCUCUCUGUGGUGGCCUACCCCUCACGCAUCCUGGAGCCAAAAAUGCGUGAAAUGAAGUUUCAUGCAGGAAACAAAGUGGAGAUGACAUGUAAAGCAGAGGGUCGUCCAACACCAAUGGUAUCCUGGAUCCUGGCCAAUCGGACCCAGGUCAGGGGUCAAAACACAGAGAUUGGAAGGGUUUCAGUAUCUGCUGAUGGGACUCUGGUCAUUGAACGGGUGUCUGUUUAUGACAGAGGUCAUUACAAAUGCAUUGCCAGUAAUCCAGCUGGAUCCGAUACUGCUACAGUCCGACUGCAGGUGGUUGCAGCUCCCCCAGGUAUUGUGGAGGAAAAACGGCAGCAGGUCAAAGUGGGUGUCAGACAAAACCUGUGGCUACCUUGCACUGGGCAAGGCAGUCCUCAGCCUACUAUUCAUUGGGUCCUCCUUGAUGGAUCAAUAAUACAAUUUAAAAGACCUGCCAGCGACACAAGGAUGUCAGUAUAUGGGAAUGGAACCCUCCACAUUAAGGAUGUGACUCCAGAAGACAGCGGCAAAUAUGAAUGUAUUGCCACUAGUUCGACUGGCUCAGAGAGAAUGGUUGUGACUCUGUCAGUCGAGAGGAAAGAGUCGGCACCUCAAAUAAUGGAGAUGUCUAAACGCAUAACAUCGUUGUACUUUGAGGACCAGCUUAGACUAAACUGUUCAGCUACAGGAGACCCCAAGCCCAAGAUCAUCUGGAGGCUGCCUUCUAAAGCUGUCGUGGACCAGUCGCACAGGAUGGGCAGCAGAAUUCAGGUGCUGAAAAACGGCACUCUUAUUGUUAGCAUUAUGAGUGAUAAAGAUGCUGGCGACUACCUCUGUGUGGCACGAAAUAAAAUUGGUGAUGAUCUCCAAAUCAUGAAGGUCAGUGUGUCAAUGAAGCCAGCCAAGAUAGAGCCGAAGCUCUAUGGAAAGAAGCAGGUACCCUACGGUAAAGACUUUAAAGUUGACUGUAAAGCGUCAGGAGCACCAAAGCCAGAGAUCUCCUGGGGAUUACCAGACGGAACAGUGGUCAACAGUGCUCUUCAGUCUGAUGGCAGCAGUGGGGGAGGACGAGUACGGCGCUAUACGCUUUUUGACAAUGGAACUCUUCACAUAAACCAAGUUGGUAUGUCAGAGGAAGGAGACUACACCUGCUAUGCUGAGAACCAGGUGGGCAAGGAUGAGAUGCAUUUUCACAUCACUGUGGUGACAGCUCCCGCUAGGAUACGUCCAACCAGCCAGACGUACGCGAGGGUCAAGCCUGGAGGGAACAUCCGCUUUGACUGUGAAGCAAUUGGGGAGCCCAAACCAAAGAUCCUGUGGAUGCUGCCCUCCAAUGAUGUCAUUGCAGCAUCAAAUGAACGGUACCUAAUGCACGUCAAUGGCUCCCUGGAUAUCCGGGACGUGAAGCUUAUAGAUGCUGGGGAGUAUGUUUGUAUGGCUCGAAACACUGCUGGAGAAAACAGAAAAGUCUAUAAGCUUGAUAUAGAAGGGAAUCCACCAGUGAUCAAUGGAUACCGUCAGAACAGGACUGUAAUCAAAGAUGUAGCUGCUAAGUACUCCAGGAAAUUUAUAGACUGUAAGGCUGAGGGCAAUCCCACACCCAGUAUCACUUGGAUUAUGCCUGAUAACAUCUUUCUGACGGCACCGUACUUUGGCAGCAGGAUCAAUGUCCACCAUAACGGGACGCUUGAGAUUCGUAACGUACGGCCGACUGAUACAGCUGAGUUCAUCUGCAUGGCGAGGAAUGAUGGAGGAGAAGCAGUAAUGGUUGUGCAGCUGGAGGUGAGCAGUAUGCUCAGGAGGCCGAUCUUUAAAAACCCCUUCAACGAACGUAUUGUUUCUCGGAUAGGAAAAACCACCGUUCUGAACUGCUCUGCUGAUGGAUACCCAAUGCCAGAGGUCACAUGGACCUUGCCUAAUAGAACACGAAUUACUGGUGGCCAUCACCUAGUUAGAAAUGGAUCUUUAGUCAUCUAUAACUCCAGUAAGGAGGAUGCUGGGAAGUACCGCUGUGGUGCGAAGAAUUUCAUGGGUUAUAUAGAGAAGCUAAUCAUUUUAGAUAUUGGUCAGAUGCCUUACAUCCUGACAAGGCCUAGGGGUAUUAUUCGCAGUGUAUCUGGAGAACCUCUUUUCCUUCACUGUUUAUCUGAUGGGAGUCCUACACCCAAAAUCCACUGGACUCUGCCAGGUGGCCACACUCUGACUCGGCCUCAAGUCCUUGGACGCUACCAGUUACUAGAGAAUGGUACUUUGGUUGUUCAAGAAACAACUCUCCACGACAGAGGGAACUACGUUUGCAGGGCUCUGAGCGAUGCCGGAGAGGCCCUGCUCACCGUCCCUGUUAUUAUUAUUGCCUACCCUCCACGGAUCACGUUAGGACCACCUACCAGUGUAAGGGCACUGACAGGGACACCUAUCCGGCUCAACUGUGCCGCCAUUGGGAUACCCAAACCUGAGAUCACCUGGGAGUUGCCCGAUCAUUCAGUUCUGUCUGCAGCCGAACGGGGCCGACCCAUGGGUAGUGAACUGCUCCACCCUCAAGGUACUCUCAUCAUCCAGAGGCCCAAAGCAUCAGACUCUGGCACAUACAAGUGCCUGGCCAAGAACAACCUGGGUAUGGACUCAAAGAUUACAUAUGUAUAUGUAUUAUGAGAAAAAGCAAAGACUGAGAGAAGAAGGUGGCAUAUCCUGAUAUAUAUAUAUAAACAUUAACAGACACUCAGUCACUUGCUGUACGUUUAUGAGGUACAGUACAUGUUUUUUUCACACUUGUGAGGAUCCCGGCUUGUGGAAUAUUUUUUCCUAAAGUGACAAACAUGAUAAACAUGUGGAUUUUAUAAAAAACAAAGUACAAGAAGAGAAAGGAAACAGACGUUUAAAAGGGAAACUCAUAUUUUUUCCUGAGUGGAAAACUCAGUCUGCGGCUAGAAAGUUGUUAUUGUAACUUUUCAACUGGGGGUCUGGAGAAUGCAUGAGUGGUUCUCAUUUAGGGUUAUUCUCAUAGGAGCAAAAGCGCCAGUGCAUAGCGGGAAACCUAAUGUAAUUUCUCUGUCCAGGUGUUGCUUGCCACAUAUAGGUACAGUAUACUAUUGCAGAACGUACGGAGAAAGAGAAUCAAUUGUGUAACAAAUUAAAAGACAGAAAGAUAAGGCUCUCAAGAUGCUUUUAAUUAUGUUUCAUUGGCCAGAAGUUGUUGCUCCUAAAACACAUUGCUUUGUUCUUUAGGAGCUAAUGAAAAAAGGCACACGGAUGAAUAGAUAGUUAAUGCUGUUUAUGAGCUGCUUAUGAGCAAUUUUGUAAAUUUCACAGUAGAAGAACGUGUCUUUGACAAAAAAUAAUACAAGGCUUGUUUUACACUGGAUAUAUAUAUAUCUGGAUGGACAGUAAUUUUCACCACAACUGAUUUCUGUUUAUUAAACUUUUUUUAAAUUACAGUUUAAAGCAAUCAAUUUGCAGUUUAAUGGUCAGAAACACACUAUCAAUGUGUUGUGUUACACACAAGAAUUUAGAGUAAUGUUAUACAUUAUGUUAAUCUUUAAUAAUACAGCAUAUGUAUAUCUAGUUGUAGUAUCUACUUUAUCAAAGUAUGGGAGGAAAAAGGAAAAUAAAAUACAUUGUUCAUGA